AUUCCUAUCUGCGCGCUGUAUUGUGGGACGGCGGAGGCCUAGACAGAAAGCAGCAGCAGCAGUAAGACACACGUGUGUUUAUAGUUUUAUUUGCACAUCAGUAAUAUUCAUAUCAGUGAGUGAUGGGGCAGGAGGAUCUGAUGAGCGCGGCGGAGGACAUGACGGAUCAGUUCUUGCGGGUAACGAAGCAUUAUCUGCCUCACCUGGCACGUUUGUGUCUGAUCAGCACGUUUCUGGAGGACGGCAUACGCAUGUGGUUUCAGUGGAACGAGCAGCGAGAUUACAUCGAGGCCACAUGGAGCUGCGGAUAUUUCCUCGCCACAUGCUUCGUGCUGCUCAAUCUUAUAGGACAGAUCGGUGGAUGUGUCCUUGUUCUCAGUAGAAAUUUUGUGCAGUAUGCUUGCUUUGGAUUAUUUGGCAUAAUUGCACUACAGACUAUUGCCUACAGUAUUCUCUGGGAUCUUAAAUUCCUCAUGAGAAAUAUGGCUCUUGGUGGAGGGUUGUUGUUGCUGUUGGCGGAGUCGCGCUCUGAGGGGAAGAGCAUGUUUGCGGGCGUGCCAUCUGUGGGCGAGAGUUCUCCUAAACAGUACAUGCAGCUUGGCGGUCGAGUUCUGCUGGUGUUGAUGUUCAUGACGCUGCUACACUUCGAUUCCAGCUUCUUCUCUAUUCUUCAGAACAUGGUAGGAACGGCCCUCAUCGUCCUGGUGGCCAUCGGCUUCAAGACCAAACUGGCGGCGCUCACGCUGGUGCUGUGGCUUCUCGCCAUCAACGUUUACUUCAACGCCUUCUGGACAGUGCCUGCGUACAAACCCAUGCACGACUUCCUGAAGUACGACUUCUUCCAGACCACAUCGGUCAUCGGAGGUUUACUGCUCGUGGUCGCUCUCGGGCCGGGCGGCGUGUCUAUGGACGAGAAGAAGAAGGAGUGGUAAGACGACCACUUCCACCCCGACUGUCGUUCAAAUCACUGCCCAGGACACAAGAACUCACAUUUUGCUUUCAAAGCCCAGCAGCACUCCCCAGAGUUACCCUGUCCUUCUGCGUCACUUCACGUUUGUUCCUCUGUGUUUUUUAUGCGCAGUGUUAAAUAUUGGAGUUUUAUUUACCUUUUAUGUAUCCCUAUGUUGCAGCAGUUCAGGAGAUUACAACAAAAAUGUAAUAAACGGUCCAUGAGUUCAAGAUAAUAAAUUUUCUUUAUGGCAUCACAGAACGAGCAUCAAAACAGGGUUUCUGUGUCAAAGUGCUAUGGAGAGAUAUAGAUGUGUAAAUAUGCGAACAUGUUCAAUUGAUUGGCCGCCAAAAUGAAGUUCUUUUGCCGGUCAGGGACUGUGGCACCUCCUCUUUGGUACAUCAAGCUCAGUGAGUUUUCUGUGGUUCUUCCUCCAAGACCUGUUCAUCAUCACCAUCAUCGUCUUUCAGGACCCUGCGUUUGGGUACACAGACGUUUGUCGUUCAAUUUGGCGAUGCUUUCUUCGGAAAAGCAGGUGUUGAUGUUUUGGAGAGCCUAAUGCACGAGACAAUAGUUGUGCAGCGGAACCCUCAUUCGGACUUUGUUCUGUACAUGUCUCGGGCUCUAACUCAAGUUAGUCGUUUGUCUCGGGUCACGGCAGUAAACAGAGACGUUUAGCGUAUGUGAAUGAAAUUCCAUUAUUUUGAAUAGAUUUGAACUAUGAAUAGAACAAGAUUUUGUAUUCCUCAACCUGAAUUAUUGUCUUGCUCAGUGUUUUUUGUUGAUUCUAAAAUAAUAAUAAUAAUAAUAAUAACUCGAUAUAUUGAUUUUUCAGAAGUUUAUAUUGUAUUUUUGAUUUUGUUUUCAGAUCAUGGCGGAGAAAUAAAAAGCAAAACAAGUGAA